AUGGGCUCGGAAGUCUGGGUCGGCCCGUGGCGGCCGCACCGGCCCCGCGGCCCCAUCGCAGCGCUCUACAGUGGCCCGGGGCCCAAGUACAAGCUGCCAGCCAGCACCGGUUACAUUCUGCACGACCCGUCGCGGCCCCGCGCCCCCGCCUUCACCUUCGGCGCACGCCUCCCCACGCAGCAGACUUCGCGCGGCCCCGGGCCAGGUCACCUGGUGCCCGCUCGCAUGACCGUGCGCGGCCGCGACGGCGCCCCCGCCUACUCCAUCUUGGGCCGCCCGCGCCACGCAGCGCCCUUCCUCACUCCUGGACCGGGCAGGUACUUCCCGGAGCGAGCGGGGAACGCGGCGUACCCCAGCGCGCCUCGGCACACCAUCGCUCCCCGAAACUGGGGCCUCCGUGCGGAGUCGCAGACCCCAGGCCCCGGGACCUACACUGUGCCCUCGCUCCUGGGCCCGCGCGUCGUCGGUAAAGUUUCGGCCCCGAUUUGCUCCAUCUACGGCCGCAGCGCGGUGGGCAGCUUCUGCGAGGACCUCAGUAAGACCCCCGGGCCCUGCGCCUACCCUGUGGUGAGCCCUGGGAUCUACAAGCCCCGGGCCCCCCAGUUCUCGAUGCUGGCGCGGACUUCGCUCCCCCAAGGCAACAGCCUGAAUCCCGGGCCUGCAGCCUACAACGUGGACCAGGUGCUCUGCAGUUCUGCGUCAAGGCACCGGAAGCCUCGCGGCUGGAGCUUCGGGAUCCGGCACUCGGACUACCUGGCCCCGAUGGUGAUCGACGUGGAUGACUGACCAGCCGGGCGGGCGCUGCCCCACGAAUGUUUCUUAAAACCUCUGGAGCCAGCAGCCUGUCGGCCUCUCUGUGCUUGCGGCGAGGCGGGCGGGCAAAACGGGCAGGUGGGCGGACCCGCGAA